AUGCGGGAGGCGAACGGUUACCUGCGUCCGCUGACGGAGCGGUACGGGGUGUCGCUUACGGCCCCCGUGCACCACGGCUUCUGCUCCAGUGCGGUGGGGUCGGAGUUGGCCUCGCUUGAGCUCACCGACGAAAUUCACGUGGAGCGGUUGUUCUCGCCCCUCCCCAGCGGCUCUGCCUGGCGGGCGGCGUACAAGCGGCGGCGCAAGAUUCUCGUGAUGCACAUGCGCGCACACAGCUACCGCUGGGAGCGUAAAGAGUGGUCGCACAAGGCGGACUACUUUAUUGGCAGAAGCCUCAGCGAGUUUUCCCGCAUCCCCGAGAACUGGGCGGAAGGGAUGCGGCGGUACCCCGACGAGGUGUGGGCAACCGGCGAAUUUUUUAGCGCCGUCUACCGCCGCUCGGGGGUGGCGGCGGCGAAGAUCCAGGUGGUUCCCGAGGCCAUCAACGUGCACGCGUACGACCCACGCAGCUGCGCCCCCGUGGCCUUCCCGAUGCAGCUGCGGCGCUUCUACACGAACAUGCCGGGCCUCGCCCCCGAGGAGCUGCGCCGCCGCUUUCGCUUCCUGACGGUCAUGAAGUGGGAGGGGCGGAAAGGGUGGGACGUGCUGCUCAAGGCGUACUGGAAGGCCUUCGGGCCCACCUCGCCGCUGCACCACCACGUCUCCCUCUACCUGAAGGUGAGUUGGAUCCGGCGGUACUCCGGCGGAGCCAACGACAACAACAUCCACGAGCUCAUCGCGAACUGGUCGAGGAGGCACCUGCCGGGGUUCACCUCCAUGAAGGACUUUCCGCACCUCGCCUUUUUGGGCGGCGACGGGUACUUGAGCGAGCGGGCGCUGCGGCAGCUGUACUGCUCCGCCGACGUCUUUGUCUUUCCCACGCGUGGCGAGGGGUGGGGGCUGCCGGCGACGGAGGCGAUGGCGAUGGGCGUGCCGGUGCUCUCCACCAACUGGGGCGGCGCCGCCGCCUUCAUGUCGCCCAACGCCACCUUCGCCAUCCCCGUGGACGGGCUCGAGGAGACGCCGGAGGGGCUCGGCUACGACACAUUCCCGGGCAACAAGUGGGCGGUGCCGAGCGUGCGGGGCGCGGCGGCGAUGAUGCGGUACCUCGUGGAGCACCCCGACCACGCACGCGCCGUGGGGCAGCGGGGGCGGCGGCACAUCGAGUCGCACUUCAGCGAGGAGGCCGUCGCCGACGUCAUCGACGCCCGCUUCGCCGCCGUGACGCGGACGCUGCUGCACCUCCGCUGA